GCGGCGCCGCCGGCCGGCUGGAGCCUCCUCCUCGGAGGGGACCCCGUGCCGCGGAGCCUUGGUAACUGCAAGGCGCCGCAGCCUUCCCGGGGGCCCAUCCCCAGACAGGUCGGGGCGGGACCGGGCGCCAGCCACAGCCACGUGUAUGCGCGACGCGGCGCAUCCGCCGCUUUCCUAGGGAUUACCGCCGCCCGCCGUGGCCCGGCCGAGCGCCUCUGAGGAGGCUUGUCCCAGCUCGCUCGCCGUACCGCGCGGCCCCGCGGAGGGCAGGGCGCGCGGCCGACAUGGGCGAGACCAUGUCCCGGAGGCUCAAGUUGCAGCUGGGCGGGGACGCAGAUAUGGAAGAUCGGGCGUUCCCCAACCCUUUCCCGGACUACGAGGCCGCCGCCGAAAGGCAGGCCGAAGAACCGCCAUGUUCUCGCACCCCCCUCUCCCCCGAGGAGCUCGGCCUCCCUUUCCACAGCGACGGGAAGAUUAUUAAUAACUUCACAAGACGGAUCCAGACCAAAAUUAAAGAUCUUCUACAGCAAAUGGAAGAAGGGCUGAAGACAGCUGAUCCACAUGAUUGCUCUGCUUAUACUGGUUGGACAGGCAUAGCCCUUUUGUACCUGCAGUUGUACCGGGUCACAUGUGACCAGUCCUAUUUGCUCCGAUCCCUGGAUUACGUAAAGAGAACACUUCGGAAUCUGAAUGGCCGAAGGGUCACUUUCCUCUGUGGAGAUGCUGGGCCCCUGGCCGUUGGAGCUGUUGUUUAUCAUAAACUCAAAAGUGAUUGUGAGUCCCAGGAAUGCAUCACAAAACUUUUGCAACUCCAGAGAACCAUCGUCUGUCGAGAUUCAGACCUUCCUGAUGAGCUGCUUUAUGGACGGGCAGGUUAUCUGUACGCCUUACUCUACGUGAACACGGAGAUAGGUCCAGGCGCUGUGUGUGAGUCAGCUAUCAAAGAGGUAGUCAAUGCUAUCAUUGAAUCGGGCAAAGCUUUGUCCAAGGAGGAGAAGAAGGUGGAGCGCUGUCCCCUGCUGUAUCAGUGGCACAGGAAGCAGUACGUUGGAGCAGCCCAUGGCAUGGCCGGGAUCUACUACAUGUUAAUGCAGCCAGCAGCAAAAGUGGACCAAGAAACCUUGACAGAAAUGGUGAAACCUAGUAUUGACUAUAUGCGCCACAAAAGAUUCCGAUCUGGGAAUUACCCGUCGUCACUAAGCAAUGAGACAGACCGACUGGUGCAUUGGUGCCAUGGUGCCCCCGGUGUCAUCCACGUGCUCAUGCAGGCGUACAAGGUUUUUAAGGAGGAGAAGUACCUGAAGGACGCAGUGGAGUGCAGCGACGUGAUUUGGCAGCGAGGUCUGCUGCGGAAGGGCUAUGGGAUCUGCCACGGGACCGCUGGGAAUGGCUACUCCUUCCUUUCCCUUUACCACAUCACACAGGAUAAAAAGUACCUCUACCGAGCUUGCAAGUUUGCAGAGUGGUGUCUAGAAUAUGGAGCACAUGGCUGCCGAAUUCCUGACAGACCCUAUUCUCUCUUUGAAGGCAUGGCUGGCACUAUUCACUUCCUCUCUGACAUCCUGGCCCCAGAGGCAUCACGGUUUCCAGCAUUUGAACUCAGCUCUUCACAGAGGGAUACGAAGGUUCAAAAAGACUACUGAGAGACCUGAGUGGACCAGAAGCCACCAGGUUGCUGAGUGCUGAGUGCCUGACACAGAACCGACUGGGAAUCCUGAAGGCGGGAGAAGGAGAAGCAGACGUCUUCCUAGACCCCCUGUGUCAGAGUGUGAUGGCAGACCGUCCCGUCAGCAUUCUGUAACAGUGCCCCUCGCCGGUGUAAAAUAUGAAUUCUUCAUGUCCAGUC